GUCAAAGUUCAGACGUUUCAGACAGUGUCACGCUUGCCUAAUUGCUGUCGGCCUUCGGAGCUGUGUCCAGGUUUCCAUGUUGACUGUACAUUAAAGGCAUAUGCCCCAGAGGUCACGGAAACAAACCCGGCGAAAAUGGAGAGCCAAGCCAAACAAGAGUCUCCAGUGCAGGAGAUGCCGAACGACGUGCCUGUGUGGCGGGAAAAUGGGGUCAACGAGGACGAAAUAAAAAGUGAAAACCAGCAGAUUCAUUGUGCAGUUUGCGGAGAUAAGUCGUCAGGAAAGCAUUACGGUGUAUUUACAUGUGAAGGCUGCAAAAGCUUCUUUAAACGGAGCGUGCGACGAAACCUAACUUACACAUGUCGGGCAUCGCGAAAUUGCCCCAUCGACCAGCAUCACAGAAACCAAUGUCAAUUCUGCAGGUUAAAAAAAUGUCUCAAGGAGGGGAUGCGGAAAGAUGUCCAGCGCGGAAGGUUAUCGUCAUCCCCGGCACAGCCCCUGGUUCCAGUCAGCUUGGUAAAUGGGGGUGUUGUCAAUGGCUACCCUUCAUUAUCAGGGUUCGUUUCGAUGCUGAUGAGAGCCGAGCCUUACCCAACAACGAGGAGCAUUCAGAACUCAGUUAGCCUACCAAGCUAUGUUAUGGGCAUCGAUAAUGUCUGUGAGCUGGCUGCUCGUUUGCUAUUUUCCGCUGUUGAGUGGGCUAGAAGCAUUCCCUUUUUCCCCGACAUGGGUGUCUCUGACCAGGUAGCCCUGCUAAGACUCAGUUGGAAAGAGUUGUUUAUACUGAAUGCCGCUCAGUGCCCGAUGCCGAUACAAGUUGCCCAUUUGCUAGCUGCUGGAGGGGUCCACAGCACCCCAAUCAAUGAUCGCAUUAUAUCAUUCAUGGAUCAUGUCAGGAUUCUUCAAGAUCAAAUGGACAAACUCAAGAAUAUGCACGUCGACCCAGCAGAAUAUGCUUGUUUAAAAGCAAUAGUUCUUUUCACGCCGGAUGCACCAGGCCUGUCCGAUCCAGCAUAUAUUGAAAGUCUGCAAGAGAAGAGUCAGUGUGCUUUGGAAGAUUACGUCAGGAGCCAGUACCCGACGCAGCCCAGUCGCCUAGGUAAGAUUCUGCUAAGGCUUCCGUCAAUACGCACUGUCAACCAGAGCGUGAUAGAACAGGUCUUCUUUGUCAGGCUGGUGGGAAAGACCCCCAUAGAAACCCUAAUACGGGACAUGCUUCUCUCUGGCACAUCCACCUCAAAUUGGACCACGUACGUUGGAAACAGGCCUUAGUGCAAGAAGCUUAGAAGGCCUGUUGUGUACGAUGACGCAGGAAUGUCUAGCGACAGCACAGAUCCUCAACGAAGACCGAUAGCAUGCUUUCAAGUAGGAGGAAACUUUACCUAAUUCAAUAGAUCGGACCCAUUGAACGGUCCCAGGGGACUUUGUUUGGGUUUUAUGAUAAAUCAAUGCUUUAAUAAAACUAAGGCCGGGGCUGUCGUAGGCGGGGGCUGGGGGUCAGUAGGUUUAUAGAAAUGCUCUGUUACCAAGCUAUUACCUAGUUUCAUUAAUGGGCAAUAACUUCUUAGCCUACCCCCGCCCCCGUGUCACUUUUUCUGAUGGCCCUGAAAGAUGAGUGUACACAGGUGACUAAUGACAAAGUAACCCUGCCCGACCUCUGAAGUACUUGAAGUAUACAAUAUUGUUGAGGGUUUUUUGUUGAGGCGUCAACUGUUUCAUUUAAAUAUGGCUGGUAACUUGAACACAAAAUAUGACUGCGAACAUGACUCUUGAAAACAGUAUUUAUGGACAUUUCUUGUUGAUUGCUUGAGCCAUUUUCGCACUUAAGCCGUUGUCACGUAAAAGCGGAAUUGUGUCAGCUUCAGAUUUCAGCUACUUGUGUUAACAGAUAAAUCUUGCUUUCUUGCUUGCUUGCUUUCUUGCUUUCUUGCUUGCUUGCUUUCUUGCUUGCUUGCUUGCUGGCUUUCUUGCUUUCUUGCUUGCUUGCUUUCUUGCUUGCUUGCUUGCUUGCUUUCUUGCUUGCUUGCUUGCUGGCUUUCUUGCUUUCUUGCUUUCUUGCUACUUUUUACUACUUUUAAACUUUUUCUAGGCAGCGAAAUAGUAAAUUGCUUGAAUGUAGCAUCCACUCUUUUUCUUGUAAUAACCGAAUCCAAGACUACCUAGGCCAAAGCAAAAAAGCUGAAAUGAUUUCUCUGUUACCACGAAUUAGCUGCAACUUCAGUGCGGUGUUGGAAGAACCUAUUAGUCCUAAAAAUUUGACUUGGAACGCUUACAAAUCUUUGCUUUAAAUUCUGCAAGACUGAGAGACAAAAGAAUCUCCUAUGCAAGUAUGUUUGAUGUUUAGACCCCGAUUUCAUUUAUAUGGCUAGCUGACUGCUCUGUCGAAUUUAUGGUUGUCAGGCGUUAAGUUAUCGAUUUUGGUACAGUAAAACAGUUUUUCUGUAUAAUAAAGAGAACAUUUCGUUAUUGGAGAUUGAAAAUGAGAUGUGCGUGGAUUGAUAUAGUUGCUAGUCCUUUAACCUGUACCCUAUAACCCCAAGCCAUAGUGCUUGAACCUACGCGACCAUUUUCAAUGUGACAAGCUUCGAUGCUGGUGGUAUUUUCGGUCUUGAUUAUGGGAUUUUAGUGUUGGGAUGCAACUUUCAAAGCAUAGGCUUGUUGCGUUCGUGGAUCUCAAAGUGCAAAGGUCGACCAGUUGAUGUCGUGUCUAACGCUGUGCACGAAAUAUGAUUUGAACAAGUGGCCAAUCGUUAACAAAUAUCUAUGUCGCUUGUGUACAGAAAAAUAACAAAACAAAAAGUAUAUUUGUAAGCUGGUGUUUUGAUUAGCAGCCAAUCAAAUAUGUUUUCAUUUACUUUUUUUGACGGAGGGUCCUUUUCGCGCCAGGGUUUGGCUGUCAUGGCCCGGAAACAUUGGCCUAGCCAUGGCCUUUCUUUCGCUCAAAGCUUUGCUUUAUUAAACCCUAGUCAUCAUCACUUUUUAACAUUUCAUCCCAUUGAUCGGAGGCUGCUUCUUAGCUGAGUUUCAAGAAUCAAUGUCUUAGAUAAUGCUGUUCUUGCUGAAAUGAAGUUUAUAAGGCACGUGAUAUUGAGGCGCUGAUAGCUUUCAAAGGCCUAAAUUUUCUGCCUGUUGUGACUGCUUGUAGACACACCGUCUCACGUGCAGAUUUGUUCGUUCCGUUAUCUUGCCCGUGUCACGAUUAUAAACAAUCCGUUAUCCUUAUUAUUUCAAGACGCCACAGUUUUGGUUAAGAGGUUUACAGUAAGUGUUUUUUGACGAGACAUGGCCUAUGCAGCGAACAGCUGUUUAGCACGUUUGGCGGUAAAACGCCUCGCUGCUGUGGUAAAUGUCUCAAAGAGAGAGGCGAGAGGCAGUGAUGGGACAGAGGCUUCGCAAGGUUGGUCAGAAACAAAAGAUCUGCUUUUUCAUAGCAGCAGAUUAUUUGCAUGCACAGGUCACUUGCCCUUAUUAGCAUAGACUGGGCUGGGUGCUCUAUCGGAGUGUUUGGUUUAUGUGUAAACGCCUUUCUCUGUCAAGUCAUUGUCGCAUUGAAAUCAUUGUUAUAAUGGAUGACAUUGCUACAUUCGCUAUGCGCAUAGUUUUUGUUUAUAACUGUUAAAAGAGUCAUGUUUGCAGAAACCGGCCUAGUUCUGCUAGCCAGAGCCUUGAGAACGCAUUGCGUCAUAUAGAGCCAGGCUAUGCCGCAUGGCUUACAUGAGAUUUUCAGAAAUAUCGCGAGUCAUGAAGCUCCAUUUCUACCCUACUUCAAAGGAAUAAAUCAGUUUUAUAAAGUUCAAUCAUUUCAAGACAGUCACCUGUGUACACCUCAAUCUAUUUGCCUGUGUUACCUAACCAAAAAGUUGUAGAUUUGUCGAUUUUUACAUCGUUGUAAAGCCUUUUAGAGAGGCCGCGCCGCUAUGAUCAAUGUAAAAUUUUUAGAAAACAUACUUUCAAGGGUAGUCCUUGAGCUGCUGUCGGCCAAGACGAUAAAGGCAUUAUAGUGUAGAGAGAGAGAGAGAGAACUCUAGAAUCUGAUUGUACGUUUCACGUUUUCAGUUUAUGGUUGUCUCUUAAAUAAAAUAGAUGACUAACGUAUGAGAGCCGUAAUCGAUAAAAAAGUCAUUCUCUAAAAGAUUUGAUUCUUACCCAGUCAGUGAAAGACGUGUAUAAUUUACAAUCCUAAUUUAAGUUUUACCUUUUAUUUGGUGUACCUUAUUUUACGUUAUGUGAAAACAUGAAACAUUAGUCAGAGCGAGGCUUUUUCCUGCGCACCCCCUCGCCAUCAAUACGAGGCAGCUCCAGAUGCCUAAACUGGAUUUGCUCUGGAACUGUCACUUUACGGCUGUUAUACGUUAUUAUUAGUGAUGUAAAUAUAGAUUUUAUAGAUGUGGAUAACUUAAUUCAUGCAUAGGAAAGUAGAUAUGUUUCUAAACAAAACCUCUGCACGUGCAAUGGCCUGUUGGGUCGGUAUAAUCAACCUGCGGAUUCUUAAAUCUUCUACCUUCUUGAACGCCUUCGUGGAAGUCACGAAACUCUUUGCUUGGCGUGGUAUUCAUCGCGUAAAGCUGCUAGCGUUUGAUAAAACCGCAGUUUUAACGUUUUGCAGUAGCAACUUGAGGUUACGACUUCAUCAAAGCAAGCUUGCGAGACAGUUGAAUAAUCCAGGACGAAUGGAAGAAAACUUAUUUACGAGAUUUUCUUCAAAAUUCUUAAAGGUAUUGAUUUUUGUUUUCUGUCUGCCGUAUUCUGCUUUAGAAGUUUAAACCCUGUACGCAGACAGAAAGCGAAAAUGAAUACGUCAAAGGUGUAUGUUUUUUUAUUUUGAUAAAGAGACACGUUGAGCAUUCUUCCAAAUCGGCAGCAAACGGACCCAUACGGCCACUGCACAAACUACUCUUCACCUUUUCUACGCUUUAUUUCAACACCCACCAUGAAACGUCCAUCGUCCAUAUAUCCCUAAGUCCGCACGAUCACAGAAUAGAAAUGACAUUUCUAUUCUGUUGCACGAUCGAACAAGCCCUGAUAAACAUUAUUUUUCAUGAUUUGACGGUGUUUGUCAAGUCUGGAACGUCGUUGGCAGAGAUAAGUUAAGGAGGUGAAUUAGCCUAAUCUGUUUAAUGUCUGGGUGGGUUUCAUUUCUAAAAUGCUUUCUGUUGAACCCAAAAUGACUCCUUCAAAUCCAAGAAAUACAUUGGAUAAAUUGGUAAAUAUUUUUCAACCAAACAUGAAAUAAAUUCAACAGUCCCCAGGGAUGCAUUAGGUAUCUGAUGUAUCAGCAUCGCAUUAGGAAGAGAUAAUCUGUUACCCUAUUCUUGCAGGUAUCUAUCGUGAAAUGGGUAAAGCAAUUCUUUGGAAGCAAUUUGUAGUAAAGCAAUUCGUUUUAUGAAUUGCAGCUUCCAAGAGAAUAAGGUUUAUCUUAUAUCUAAAAACAGCGGAAACUUGCAGACCUUUGAAAUUUAGGACUUGAAUACUUUAGUGCCAAUCAACUGUUUUUUUUCAAAAUAUCUUGUCGUGGUUUUGUAGCAGGCAUUAAUAACGGGUAGCAAAUCCCUUGAUGGUAUUAAUUGCAGCUUGAUAUUAAAGUACAAAAUUAAUGUGCGUUUUAAAAGUGGAACAAAUCCCAUCAUAUUCCAUUGUUAACUUUGAAAUCGUUCUCGGCGAAUUAGGCUUAACAACUUUUACAAGACUGUCCUCACAAAGAAUUUCUUGUGUUUCAAUUUUUAUGAUUAGCAAGGCCAAUAAUCGUUGACUAAUGUAUUGUUCAGUUAUAAAAACACUGUCAAUGUUACGAUGAAGUUUUGUUCCAAAGUUUACCCCAAUAGAUGUUUAUAUGUUCCAAACUCGUUACCUUCAGUACCUUUUGUUGUCAUUACCGCCAACUGUGUCCUGCAAGCCCAACAUUCACAUAGGUUUAACGUAGCCCCUGAUUGCAUGGUGCUUUUUCGCGAUAGUGUUUUUUGAUAUUUUUUUUCGUUUCCCAUUUUUCGGAAAUUCAUCAGAGCUCCAGGUCAGAGCUCCAGGCUAUAGACUUUUACAGGGUUUUGUAUGCUUUUAAAGUUUUUGGUAAUGUAGAGUUUAACACUGUCAGGAAGUAAAACCGUUUUUACAUAUUAGGGCUGAACAUCUGUCCCGGUGAAUUACCACCAAUAGACCCUACCCUGGGAAUGUAUUAUCCGUUAGCUGGAAAAGUAAUAAUAAAAUUUCUCAAAAAAGUUGCAUGGAUAUUGACCAUACGUUUAGUUUUUUAUACACGAUUUAAUGAGAAUUGACCAGGGUAUUGAUUUAAAAUCGACCAAUCAUACACACAAUAUCACCCAAUUAAAGCGUUUUUAUAUUUUGGCCCUCCCAAUUACAACCCAGUUUUUUAAAUUCACCCAAUGACAUAAUUUGAAUGAAUUUAAUUGCAAAUUAAUCUUUCAUGGACAGUAGCGCCAGAGUGAUUUGCGGGUGAGGAACCAAAAGGCCCCUUUCUCAUUGAAAUACCCCACCCCCCCCACCUCUGACAAGGGCUUACUUAUAUAAUCAUCCUCACAUUAUCAGCUCACCGAUUCUUUAUUAUAACUAUGCCUGCCCGCUGUAGCUUUUAACUUUUAACAGGAAGUAGUUGUCCUCUCGAUUAAAUUGAUAGUUUUCUAAAGACUUUAGAGAGAGGGACAGUUUGUCGUAUUCGUAAAAUUGUGUGCACACCGUUGGCACUGUGCAUGGUAAACUAUUCUUAGAAAUGCCAGGUGAGACUUGGCCAUCAACAGAAGACGCAUGAUUUUUAGUUCUGUGGACGUUUUUUACCGUUCUUUGAUAGCUAUAAGCAGAGAUUAACAACGCAGUCUUUUCUUAAUGUAAACGCAGUUUAAAUGAAAAAUAUCAGGAUGUGGUACCUCGAGAAAAAACAGUUCUCUUCUA